AUGAAUGAAUCAACUUCAAAUCAGUUGAAUGAAAAUGAUUUGGAUUAUUCUUCUAAAAUGAAUCAAGCUGAUGAGACCAGGUGUGUUAUGAAUGAACAAUUUGUGCCAAAAGUCGGGAUGAUUUUAAAGACAUUAGAAGAAGCCGGAAAGUUCUACAAAAAUUAUUCCAAACUUGCCAGUUUUUCUACGAAAAUAAGGGACAUGAAUCGGGGCGGAGAUAAGAUUAAGAAUCGACUAAUUGUAUGCAGCAGAGAGGAGAGGUGGAAAUCCAAGAUAUCUCCUACUCUGAAGACAAAUCCCUCAGCCGGCAUAAACUGUCCAGUCAGGAUAUAUGUACCCAUAUUGAAGGAUGUGGGUCUUUGGACAAUUUCCAAAGUUGUUUUGAAUCAGUCACACCCUUAUUGUCCAGACCGGAUAGAGAUGCUCAAACAACACAGGGAGCUAAGCAUGUUCGUGCGUCGCACCAUUGAAACCAACGAGGAAGCCAUAAUUAGACCUAGCAAAACUUACCAAUCAUUCAUAGCAGCAGCUGGCAGUCACCGUGAACUAAGUUUUAUAGAAAAAGAUGUGAGGAAUUACAUCACACGGGAAGUACGGAAUGUGUCUGAACAAGACGACGCCGAAGAAUUCGGGAUGUACCUAUUAAGAAUGAAAGAGAAGAACCAAAAUUUCUUUUUCGAGCUCAACCUCAAAGGUGAUCACUCCAUCAAACAUCCAUUCUGGGCUGACGCAAGAAGCAGGGUGGCAUGCGAGUAUUUUGGAGAUGUCGUUUCAUUUGACACCACGUACAACACAAACAGGUACAAUCUAGUUUUUGGUUCUUUUGUGGGCGUGAAUCGCCACGGUGAUUUUUGGGUGAUUCUGGCAAGUUUUGGAAAACCUUAUUCAGAGACAGAGAAAGGGCUGCAGAUGUUGUCAGAUUCUGACCUCCGUGCAUUCAAACGAGCAUUUCUGGAGCUAUAG